UAUGGCAACACUCGUGAGUAUUCCGCGACAAAAGAACGAUGGCUACAAAUAUUAUUAUCUAAAACGUCAAAUUAGAAAUAACAAAAUUUGCGAGUGGCUUUCCAUAGUAUAGAAACAUUAUCGACAUGGGAUUCACAGUAACUGCAUCCAUCUUACGCCGUUCAAUAUAUUUUGAUAUUUUUGUCAGAACUACUCCAAAACUAUGUCGCCAAUAUUCACGUUUGGCAGAGGUAGGAAAACUUGAAACGCCAAAGCCUGAGGGGAAGUAUGAUACCGGGCAACUGUUCCUUCAUCGGGUGUUCGGCUACCGCGGAGUAAUACUUUUUCCAUGGCUUGCCCGUGUAUUCGAUCGAGAUACUCCCAAUCAGACCAAAGUCGACCCGGAAAAGCUGGAGAAAGAUGGGAAUGACUCUAAAGAAGUAAAGGGAAAAAUGCAUACUUUCUACCAAGUGCUCAUCGAUUCAAGAGACUGCCCAUAUAUUCGAGCCCAAACAGAAGCCGUAACAUUUUUAGGCAACCAAGAUUCAAACAGAAGUCUUUAUGCCAUCCCAGGACUUGACUACGUAGCACAUGAAGACAUAAUGCCAUAUUCAUCGUCGGAUCGUGCACCACUACACCAUGAACUUUUUGAUAAGUUUCUUUCAUACAACCCAAAUAAGGAUCCUCCAUUUGAACCACAAGAAACAUUGAAAGCAUGGCAGAAAAAGAACCACCCCUGGCUGGAACUCUCUGAUGUACAUAAAGAAACGACAGAAGGAGUUCGGGUGACUGUGAUUCCAUUCUAUAUGGGAUGCAGAGAAACGCCGGCUGCUUCCGUUUAUUGGUGGCGAUAUUGUAUUCGAUUGGAAAAUUUGGGAGAAUUAAGCGUUCAACUGCGCGAACGCCACUGGAGAAUAUUCUCUUUAUCAGGGACCUUGGAGACUGUAAGAGGUCGGGGAGUUGUUGGGCAAGAGCCUGUUUUGAGUCCUAGACUGCCAGCUUUUCAAUAUAGUAGUCAUGUAAGCUUGCAGGCACCCAGCGGUCAUAUGUGGGGGACAUUUCGACUUGAACGAGAGGACGGGCACACUUUCGAUUGCCGAAUACCCCCAUUUUCGCUGGAAAGUAAACCUGAUGAAACAUCUAGUCCGCCGUCAGCAACACCUUCGAAUGACGAAGCUGUUUGAUAGUGCUGAAACUGUUUUUAAAUUGUGUAUAUUACAUGGACAUGCUGAGUAAGAAGGUGAUAAAUUUAUUGUGCUGAGUUCACAUUUGCGAAAAUAAAUUCAAUAAGUUGA